GGAUUUGACAAGCAUGGGCAGGAAGUCCGAGCAUGUGCAGACUGUGACCUCGUCCCUGGAGUACGGUGGUAUGUGACCAUCUCCAUCUGAAUGUUUAUGGAUCCACCCUUCAAAUAAUGGUCUGAGGACAAGCAGCUAGAAGUGCCUCAGCCCCCGGUGUGUUCAGCCGUCUCUGGUCCUGGACUCGCUCGCAUUGCGGCGGCCGGAACACACUCGUACGGAACUACUCUGCCCCUGCCGUCCCACACACCCUCCCUUCCCAUUUACACUUACCAAUCGUGCAUAGGGAGGCAGUGCGUGUGGUGUGCCGGAUUCUGCCGUGUGGACUUGUCCAGCGCCGGAAAGGGGGAGCAGAGCGCCGGCGGGCCCACUCUGACCAUGCCAGUGUGGGGGGGAAGGCUGAAGCGCAGUCUGCCUCUCUGCCUCCGGAGCCCCGAUCCUGUACUGCUUCUGCUGCUGCUCGGAAGCUUCUCUCUGCACACGCCUGCGCAAGGCAACAUAUUGGACAGCAUGUUACUGCGCGCGUCCAGCAAGGAGGCGUCGGAGGGCAGGAAGGAGAACGGCGGAAGCACGUCCACCGCUUCCUCGUCGCAGAGACUCCUGUGGUGUCACUGCUACCACCACUGUCCCGACGACUCCGUUAACAACACAUGCAGGACUGAUGGUUACUGUUUUACCAUGGUGGAGGAAGAAGGAGGCGUACCAGUCUUGAGUGCAGGCUGUCUGGGGCUUGUUGGGUUUGAGUUUCAGUGUCGAGACACCUGGAGCUCGCAUCAGAGGAAGUCACUGGAAUGUUGCACGGAUCAAGAUUACUGCAAUCAAAACCUUGACCCGACUCUGCCGCCGCUUAAACCUCCUCUUUACGUGGAUGGAAAAAUCCACCACGUGGCCUUGUUUAUCUCAGUCACAGUCUGCAGCAUCAUACUGGCUGCUAUUAUUGUCUUCUGCUACUUCAGAUACAAGCGCCAGGUGUCCCGCCCUCGCUACACCAUCGGCCUGGAGCAGGAUGAGACCUUCAUUCCUCCUGGAGAGUCCCUGAAGGAUUUGAUAGAGCAGUCGCAAAGCUCUGGUUCAGGCUCAGGGCUCCUUCUGUUGGUUCAGAGGACCAUCGCCAAGCAGAUCCAGAUGGUGAAGCAGAUCGGUAAAGGACGUUACGGGGAGGUCUGGAUGGGACACUGGCGAGGAGAGAAGGUGGCCGUCAAAGUUUUCUUCACCACCGAAGAGGCCAGCUGGUUCCGAGAGACGGAAAUCUAUCAGACGGUCCUGAUGAGGCACGAGAACAUACUCGGUUUCAUCGCAGCAGACAUCAAAGGAACCGGCUCGUGGACUCAGCUCUACCUGAUCACCGACUACCACGAGAACGGCUCGCUGUACGACUACCUCAAGUCCACCAUGCUGGACAGCAGGGCCAUGCUGCGACUGGCCUACUCGUCCGUGUCGGGCCUGUGCCAUCUCCACACCGAGAUCUUUGGCAUGCAGGGCAAGCCCGCCAUCGCUCACAGGGACCUGAAGAGCAAGAACAUCUUAGUCAAGAGGAACGGCGCCUGCUGCAUCGCCGACCUCGGACUGGCUGUCAAGUUCAUCAGCGACACCAAUGAGGUGGACAUCCCCCCUAACACCAGAGUGGGCACCAAGCGCUACAUGCCCCCCGAGGUUCUGGACGAGACCCUGAACAGAAGUCACUUCCAGUCCUACAUCAUGGCCGACAUGUACAGCUUCGGACUCAUCCUGUGGGAGAUCGCUCGCCGCUGCGUGUCAGGAGGCAUCCUGGAGGAGUACCAGCUGCCCUACCACGACCUGGUCCCCACUGACCCUUCAUACGAGGACAUGAGAGAGGUGGUGUGCAUCAAGAAGCUGCGGCCCUCCUUCCCCAACCGAUGGACCAGCGAUGAGUGUUUGCGACAGAUGGGGAAGCUGAUGACGGAGUGUUGGGCUCACAAUCCCGCCUCUCGCCUCACAGCUUUGCGUGUCAAAAAGACGCUGGCCAAGAUGUCGGAAUCCCAAGAUAUCAAGUUGUGAUGUUUUUUUUGGGGGGGGACGAGGACGUCACGCCGUGCUUUCUGUGAAAGCUAUCUUAGCUUGUAGAAGAAGAAGAAGUGGCGAUCAGAAGAAGAAUGUUCUUCAAAAGGCCAUCGGUACCUGCAGCAUGAACCCCCACCCCUUGACCCUUGACCCUUGAAAUGGGCCUAGGUUAGGGACACGGCCUGACACUAUGUGACAGACAAAAGGUAUAAACUGUGAGACUUUCUGCAGGAUGGUUACAUUUGUAGAGUGUCCACAUCUCUCUCUGUAAAAGGUAUUAAAGGUAUUUGUU